AUGAUUGUUCGGCUCGCAGGGUCCCGCUGCGUGUGGAGGAAGCAGCGUGAACUCAUCGGUAAGACACCACUAGAUGUGGGAGUCAGGGUUAACUCACUCCCCGAGAGCUUGAACUAUAGGACCAACGAUGCAACCCCAAAGUUUCGCAAGGCACCAACGAUCUUCACAACUAUAGCGGCUAGCAUUUACAAUGAUGACUGGCCGCCUUUUGGAUGUCAGAGAACAGCAGGAAGGAGAAAUCGGAAAUAUUCAUAUGGGCUGCGGAUAAAGGAGAUGGCAUCAUCCAUAGUACGACCAGGUGCUGAAUUUGUGGAGACUUGUCCUGAGCGGAUACAUUUAACACAUUACGAAGGAAGUUCAUCGAGGGGUGUGUGGAAGCGUGCCAAUGGAAAUGUGUCCAGAAUACUACACGGCCUUGCUUCACAAGUUCCACAGCAGUCGUUGAAUCACCAUGCGGACAUUGCACGAGAAGCGUCCAUAGCAAGGGAUGAAGUUGCCUAUGCGGUCUCCCAGAUCAGGAAGGUCAUCCCGCCGCUGGAAUCUGGCUGGAAGGUUGUCAGCAAGGUUGGUGAAAGACGUGUAUCGACCAGGAUGACCAGGAGUGCAAAGCGCUAUGUAACUGUUGGGACACCCACUCAAUGCGAUCCUCUCAACAUUUCAUGGACUGGUGGGCAAGCACCAUUUGAGAUACUCUUAACUCGUUCGUUAGCGCCAUCGUCUCAAGUCCAUCGAUUGCGCGCUAAUCUUUGUGCUUUCAAGUCUUGGGCAACGUGUAAGAAUUAUACUGUACGGCCAUCAGCCUUCAGCAAUGGCCAGGGCUCUUAUUCAAUAUCGCAAUUGACAUUAUCGACGGGAACAUCGUUUCUACUCACUAUGUCUGACGCCACCGGAUUUGGUUCGGGUGGGACCACAAACGUGUCAUUUGUUGGCAAUCCGGUUGCAAAUAACAACUGCAACACUACAGUUUUGUCAACUCCUUACAUGUGGGAGUUGUCGCCACUCCCGCUGCUGCAAUGCAGUCAAUUUACUGUUGCGACUGGUAGUGGUGCAGUCCUGCCCAUUACUAUUGUGCAACUUAUUCCUGGCGGACAACCAGUCAUAUUCAAUUCGAAUAGCUACACUUUUACCUCGGUUGUAGACGUUAACGCAGGAACGAACCUCCUGUAUUUUGUCAGCGACUCCCAGGGCAGACAAGGUGGUGUCUCUGGGUUCGAGCAAGUCUCAGGGUCGAGUAAUUCCUCGUGCGCAAGCACGAACUCGCCGUCAUCCACUGCAGGUAUAUCUGCCACAGCCACGUCUGCGUCCACGGCCACGGGUUCACCAACAGCUAGUUCAAGCAGUCCAAGUCCAACAAGUAGUUCGUCAAGCAGCAAUGUUGCUCUUAUCGCAGGCGCUGCGGGCGGCGGCGGGGUCCUUAUUGUAUUGGCCAUCCUCGGCGUAUGCUUGUGGCGUAAACGGAGAGCGUCUCGCUCUCCGGACGUUCAGUCUUCUAUAACAAGCUAUCCGCGUGAUAACUUCGCAGUUGGCACCCCUUCCUCAUCAUUGAAUCAGACACAACAUUCGCGCAGAGCUCCAACGCAGACUCUCCUGUCUAUGGGGAUGCUCGAAGUUCGACUAUAUCAUCCGCUUACAACCGAAUGUCUGAACCAAUGUCACCAAAUUACCCAUUGCAAUCCCCUUCCCCUUUAA